AUCGUCUUCCUUGUUUUUUCUUCCACCACCACUAUGGCCAUAAAUGUCACCAGGAUACUUACCAACUACCCUGAGUUUGGCACCUUUAGUGACGUUAUCAACAAGACUGGUAUCAACGAACUAACCAAGAACCGCCAAACCAUCACCGUCCUUGCCGUGGACAAUGACUCCAUGGGCUCCAUCUCCGGCAGAGCCCAAGACGAGCUCAAGAGGAUUCUUAUGACCCACAUCGUGCUCGACUACCAUGAUACCCUCAAGAUCCAAAGGUUGGGGAAGAGGAGCAUCACUCUCACCAAUCUGUACCAAACCACCGGUGUUGCUCAGUACGGCCAAGGGUUCUUGAACAUGACCAAGAUGAGUCCAGGGAAUGUUGUGUUUGGCUCAGCAGUGCAGGAUGCACCCCUGGUUGCAAAACUGUUGGGUUCUGUGCUGGCUCAGCCUUUCAAUAUCUCUGUGCUUCGUGUUAGCACACCCAUUGUGCCUCCUGGCAUUGGGAAGGCUGUUCUUGCUCCUCCACCGCCACCUGGCUUGCCACCUCCAGCCCCAAGUCCCAAGAAGGCUGGAGUCCCUUCUCCAGCCAACUUCAAGCACAAAUCAGCACCAGCACCAGCACCAGGCGAUAAAGCUGCUGAUUCACCAACUUCUGGUUCUUGGAGUGCAGGUCCAGGCAUUGGCCUUGCAGCAGUGAUAGAGUUAAGGAUGAAAUAAAAAAUACACGUUAAAAUCAUUA